ACCCUGUCUCAAAAAACCAAAAGAGAAAAAAAAUGUUUCCAUAUUAUGCUAUAUAAUGUACUUUAUUUAUGAAAUUCACCCGGGUUCUGUAAUCCACAGGCUGAUUUCAUCAGUUCCUGCAAAGGUAUUUUAUGAGCGGAUAAUUAUUUGAAUUGAGGUCCUACCAUUGUUCUGGUAUUUAUCCUUACCAUUUAUAGAAACCUCUACAUGCUUUUUACAUAAAAAAAGUUACAGUGAGUAAAAUAAUAAGUAUCCCUCUCUUGUCUGCCCCACUUUCAAGAGCUAAAUAUGUUUAAAUUUAAUCAUUAUUUUAUACCAUUAUUACAUUUAUAUAAUUUUAAUUUUCUACUAUAAAUAUAUAAAUUUAUAUCAUUCUGUAACUUUCUGUAUUGAUAUUAUUCUGUAACUAUUAUAUGAUAUAAAUUUAUAUCAUUCUGUAACUUUCUAUGUGUAUAUGUAUGUAUAUCAUGUUAACAUUGUUAGAAAUUGGGUAUAUUGUAUUUUAAUAAAACUUUUAUUAUUUAGUAGAUCACCCAUGAAAGUAUGUAUCAUACAAACUUACUCAUUUAGCCCAGUAAUAAGCAAAAGUUUAAUGAUUUUGAUUAAUAACCUGUAGAUAAACUAAUAAACAUGGGCAGCAGAAUACAGUGAAGCUAUUAAGAACAUUAGAUAUAAGUUUGAACCUACAGUGUAGAUAAAAAAAACUAUUUGGUAUGUGCUAUUUAUUACAGACAGAGGCACUACAGCAUAAAUUUCUUGAUUGUAGCAGAUGAACAUAAGCAUAUAUUUGGAGGGAAAGUUAUAUGAGAUCUGUGUGUACAAAUAAGUGAGCUAGUAUUUUUGGAACAAUAGGAGAGAUUUGACCAUCAUAGACAAUGAUUUUUAGAUAAUACUGGGGCUGUAUCUCAAAGUAUACAACAGUCUUACAUAGAUACUUUAGGAUUUUCUUAUAUUUCUUAGGGUUGUCUUCUGUUAAAACAUCAAAGGUAGUUUUUAAAUUCAGCGUUUCAUUCCUUAAAUCAUUUUUUGAAAUUCAUCAAAUUACUUGUAUCCACUUAACUAUUCCUUUAGAAUGUUAUUGCCUAGACUUAACCAUUCUAAAUUGGUAAUUAUUGUCAUAUUAUAUAUUGUAUGUGACUGUGUGUGUGUGUGUGUGUGUGUAUGUGUGUGUGUGUGUGUGUGUGUGUGUUAGGUGCAUAUUGAAUGGUGUAUUUGAGGAAAAAGCUGUUACUACAUACCCCCAAAUGUAAAAAUUUGAUUAAUUCAAGUUUCAUUGAUAUGAUAGAUUUUUUUCCUUUACUUUACUGAUAGAUCCCACCUGUGAUGGACAAGAACAAUCUGCGUAUUUUACAGAUAAUUUUUGUCAACCAUGUGGAGUGGUUCUACAGCAUGAAUCAGAAAGGAUUCCGCAUUUUGAGAGUGAAAUACAUGCUCAAAAUGUUAAGUUCUUUUUUCAAAUGCGUGGAGAACAAAAUGAAGUGCCUGGUAGGAAAGUGAACCUGCAUGCUGGAAAUUCUCAGGAGUACUCGAGUGGAGAAGUUAACAGAAACAGUUUUACUGGUAUCCACAACAUGAGUUUUGACUCCACAGCUGCUGCUCCAUCUCACUAUGUGGGAAAGAGCCAUUCUCAAACUCAGGAGCAAUUACUGGAAGAACAUGGACAAGUAUCUCCAUCCACAUGCCCACCAGAGAUGGAUCAACCCAAUACCACUCCUGCACCUCCAGCUUUCCUGAAGUCUGUUAUUGUGAAGCCCCCUCCAGCAUAUAGAAUGAGAACCUACAUAUGCCAUAUCUGCAGUAUCACCUUUCCAUCUUUACAUAUGUUCCGAUCCCACAUGCAAGGAACUGAACAUCAAGUUAAGAGGGCCCAACAUCUGUGGACCCAUUGGCAGUGUACACAGCUCCUAGAAUCUCAUGUUAUCAAUCAAGUGAAGAAUUCAAAGAAAAUGCAAGAGUCUUACCAAGCUGAAUGUGGAGAUUACAUCAAAAUGAAGAAAUCUAGAGAACUAGAGCCCAAGGCUCAUUUCAGGGAAAUGGAGGAAAAUUGCAUGGAAGCCCCUGGAUACAGAGAAAUGGUUGAUUCUAGACCCAGACAUAACAUGCUUGAACAAACACUUCCACUUGAAAAUUUCUGGGCACACCCAGGAUCAUACAAUGAUUCUAGAGCAGCAGAAGAGCAGUUACCUCACUGUUUACCAGCAGAAUCAAAGACACAUGACUCUUUCCAAGAUGAACUUGAGGAUUACAUCAAAGAGCAGAAGGCCAGAGGACUCGAUCCCAAUAUUAGUUUUAGACGGAUGUCAGAAAGCUCUAAGUACAGGGAUCACAGUUCCAGAGAGAGGGUUGAUUCUGGACACAGACAGAGGCCAUGUGAGGAAAGGUUUUCAUUUGAGGGUCCACAGACCUACCAGCAAGAAUACAAUGGCUCCCCGGUGGAGGGCCAAUCUCCUCGCUGGGUACCACCGCAUUCAAAGGGGAGAAAUGAUGAUUUCCAGAAUGAAUUUGAUGACUACAACAAGGUGCAGGAAUCUAGAGAAUUCAAGCCAAAGAUUUCUUUUAGAGGAACUGAUAGCUCUUUUGAAACCCAUAAUUACGGAGAAAUAGAUGACACAAGAUCCAGUCAUAGAAUGUUUGAGGAAAGACUCCCAAGUGAGACUUUCCAGAUUUACACAGAUCCAUACAGCGGUGCACAAGCAGGAGAAAACAAGUUACCUCAUUGCUUACCAGCUUAUGAGAAUCAACCGAGCCUAGACGCUAAUAGCUACUAUCAGCUUACCACAGAUGAGUUCUCAGAAAUGCCUGCUUCCCUGAGCCUUAGUCAACAAGAGGAUAACCCUAGCUCACACAAUGUAGACUAUGACAUUUACAAGCAUCUGCCCUCAAAUGACAAUGCCAGUGCCCAUGAAACAAGUCAUAAAAGGCGACAUCAGAAGAGAAGGCGACACCUGGAGGAAGGAAAAGAAAGGCCAGAGAAGGAACAAUCUAAGCGUAAAAGAAAAAGAAGCCAUCAGGAUAAAGAUUUAGACAAAGACAAGAGCAUCAGGCAUAGUAAAGGAGAGGAAGAUAAAGCUGGAGUCAGCUCUGAAAAAAUCAAGCACCGAAAAAAGAAAAGAAAACAUGAAACAUCCUCAGAGAAAGAACGUAAGCACAAAAAAGAGAAAAAGAAAUCUGUUGAAGAAAGAACAGAAGAGGAAAUCCUUUGGGAUGAGUCAAUUCUUGGGUUCUGAACCUAUAGCAUACCAAGAAGGGCUAAAAGAAAUUGAUACUGACUUAGAUAAAGACUGGAAUAAGAGGAGAAAUCAAGGAAAAGUAGGCACAGCAUCAGCACAGAAAACCUUUGGGUUUUAUUUGUUGUCGUUUGUUUGUUUGCAAAAAUUGAAGUUGAACAUGAGAAACAAUAUACAAGACAUCCAAAUCCAGCACUCAAGGAACUGUUUUGAGGUAAACCUACUCAAAGAAUUUGAACUUUUAGUUUUACUUACCGAAGAGUUAAUAAGAAAACCAGUGGGAGGAAAAAUCUGAUGGAAUCAGUGGAGAAGUUUUAGAUAAAAUUGAGUACUUCAGAUGAAGAGACAUUAAAGUCAGUGUCCAUUAAAUAAAACAGUCUCUCUUUGCAUAAGUGUGUAUGUAUAUAUGUGUGCUUGCAUAUGUGUAUGUAUGUGUGUGUGUGUGUGUCCUCUGCUCUGCUCUCCUCUCACCUACUUCCCCUCACCCCUCUUUUUCUGUCACUCCCUCCUUUCAAAAUGUAAUUGAAAGAAGAACCACAAAGUUUAAAGAUACCUACCCUUCAAAAAGCAAGGACAUGAUACUGAGAAGCAUGAGUGGAAACCUGCUGAAGAGAAAGCAGAAGAUUCAGUGGACUCUACUGUGCAGUUUUGUUACCUUAAGUUUGAAGAAAGGUUGAAAACUUUGGUUUCCUAAAACUUGUGUUCUUUGUGUAUUUGUACAUGUGUACAGUUAAUCUUUAACAGAAGCCAGAUGAAGUAAAAUUAUUCAUUAUGCUUUUUUUAAGUCACUUUCUUUGGCUUAUUCUAAGAAAGAAAACUUACUCUAUUGCUUAUGUAUAACGUGGUUUUCUUAAAGUAGAGGUGUUUCUACUUUGUCCAUCAAGUUGUAAUGAAAAUAAGUUGUUUGCUCAUGGAAAUAAUGUACUUAAAAUGGUGAAUUGCAAAGCAAUCUACAGCCAUACCACCCUGAAUUUUCCCAGUCUUGUUUGAUUUUGGAAGAAUGGUCAGACCUGUGGGAGACCACACUUCACAGAACCCAUUCUUUUUAAGAAUUUGUGUUAGUAAUGGUGGUAUUUUACUACUGUCCUGUAUUAACGUUUUUGUUUUCUCUGAUGAAAAUGUAUGAAACAACGUAGACUUUUUCGUUAAAUCUAAUUUGCAGUGUAUUUUUGUAUUUUCUAGUUCUGAAAGUGGAAAAUUAGUGUAUAAUAAAUUAGAUGAUAUAUACUUUUAAAAUGUUCUCCAAAAGGGCUGAUAGAAAUCAGUCUAUAUUCUGAAAAAUGUUUAUAUUAAAGUGUUUUAAUUUCUGAA